GAGAGGAGGUGGAGGGGAAGAUGGCGGCCUUGGGGGAGCCCGUGCGGCUGGAGCGAGAUAUUUGCCGAGCUAUUGAGUUGCUGGAAAAGUUGCAAAGGAGUGGCGAGGUACCCCCUCAAAAAUUGCAGGCUUUACAAAGGGUCCUUCAAAGUGAAUUUUGUAAUGCAGUAAGGGAGGUAUAUGAACAUGUGUAUGAGACUGUGGACAUCAGCAGUAGCCCAGAAGUGAGAGCUAAUGCUACAGCAAAGGCUACUGUUGCUGCUUUUGCCGCCAGUGAAGGUCAUUCACAUCCCAGAGUCGUCGAACUUCCCAAAACAGACGAAGGGCUUGGAUUCAACAUCAUGGGUGGCAAGGAGCAAAAUUCUCCAAUCUAUAUAUCCCGAAUUAUCCCAGGUGGUAUUGCUGAUAGACACGGGGGAUUGAAGCGUGGAGACCAACUUCUUUCUGUAAACGGAGUGAGUGUUGAAGGGGAGCACCAUGAAAAAGCUGUAGAAUUGCUCAAAGCAGCUCAAGGAAAAGUUAAGUUGGUUGUACGCUAUACACCCAAAGUCCUGGAAGAGAUGGAAUCACGAUUUGAAAAAAUGAGAUCAGCAAAACGCAGGCAACAGAAUUAAUGCUGAAUUACAUCCAGUAUUAUAGGAAUACUGACAGCCUACAGUAGAUUUUUUUCUGGCUCUUCUGCACAUCUACUUUAUAGGGUGUUACAGAAUUCAUAUUUGGAAAUGGGGCAAGGAUUUUCCUUCUUCUUCAGCUGGAUAAUAUCUAACAGACUCAGAUGGAUGCAACUCUGCAUAUAAUUCAAGGAAAAGUAUGAUAUUUGUUCUAUUCGUGGAAACAUUUUUUAGUUAAAUACGUUCAUUUUAUUAACAUGUUGGUCUUUUACAAAUCCCUUGAAUAUUCUAAUGUUUUCAGAGGAAAAGUUUACAUAAACAUUUAUAACUAUGUGAUUUUACAAAUACUUCUUUAAAAUUCA